ACAGUCUUUACUUUGGAGUCUGAAGAGGAAGAGUACCCUGGGCUCAUCGCAGAGGACAGCAACGACAUCUACAUCCUGACCAGUGACAACUCGGGACAGGUGAGCCCGCCGGAGUCCCCCACGGUGACCACGUCGUGGCAGUCGGAGAGCCUGCCCGUCUCCCUGUCAGCCAGCCAGAGCUGGCACACGGAGAGCCUGCCAGUCUCCCUGGGACCCGAGUCCUGGCAGCAAGUGGCCAUGGAUCCUGAGGAAGUCAAAAGCCUGGACAGCAACGGAGGGGGCGAAGAAAGGAGCGAGAACAACUCUUCCAACUCUGAUAUUGUUCACGUGGAGAAGGAAGAGAUAACGGAAGGGAUUGAGGAGGCGGUGGUGUCGGCCGUCGCUGCAGAGACCGUGCAGGCAGCAUUUCCAGAAACCCCUGCUUCUUUACAGGAAGCAAAACCUCAAGCUGAAAUCGCUGCCGCCGAGAAAGCGCAUCCCUCCGCGCUGCUGCGCGCGAAACAGGAGGAAAAGGGAAAAGUGGCCGAAGAGCUUGUUGAACCUGAAAUCCCCGUGUUAAGUAAACCUGUCCCCAAGUUAGCCCCGUCGGAAGAAAAGGCUGCAGAACCUGAGAAAAUACUGCUGCCAGGGGAACAAAAAGUGGGGAAAGAGGGCCACUUGGAAGAGAUAGAAGAGAAAUCCUCCGCUGCAGAGGAGAAGCCUAUCUUAUUGCCGGAAGGGAAAUCUAUACUGCUGUACGGUGGGGCUGCCGCAGUGGCUAUAUUAGCUGUAGCAGUCGGAGUAGCGCUGGCGCUUAGGAAAAAGUAACGGAGCUCUCUUGAGGAAUAGGGGGGAGAGGGAAGAGAGCACAGUCCCAUUUUUGUAGUUGUGUUACCUAAAGGUUGAGCUGCGUGCUGUUUAAUUGGACAUUGGAGUAACUUACUGGUGACGGGGUGAGGUUGUUCAAUAAGCCUCCAGCUAUGGACAAUCAUGUUUUUAGUAGAAUUGGGGCGGGGACUGGUUUUUCGGGAUUAAAGUACAGGGGUAUUUUUAAAAAAAAAAAAAAAAAAAACACAAAAAUUCU